AUGAAUUAUUACAUGCCGAGACGUAAUGAAACGUGUGAGAAGAAAUGCGACGACGUUUUGCUGGAGCCUCGUGCGGUUCGUAUACUAGGAAGACGAUACGCAUUGACAGCCACGGAAUUCAAAUUCCUUGAAAUUGGCAUCAGAAUGAAUCCACCGAGUUACGUGGAAAUCGCCAUAGGAGAUAAUUAUAAUUUCAUAAGUGUCGGGCCGCUAACAGUGCGAUUUCACAAAAUAAACGACACCAAACUCAUAAGUCUUGAAUCAGCGGACGUGCGCAUGAUGAUGGUCGAAUCGACAUUACACCGAAUGUUCAAGCUCGAUCCAUGCAUCGAGCUAACGUUUGAUCGAUUGACGAGACUAACUGCAACAGUAGACAUCAAGUUUACGAAAUUCUUCAAUAUUGCAUCCGCUAUAACGGAUGCUAGAGAAUUGCCAAAUGCGAUACGCGCUAGCGACGCCUUCAACAAACAUCAACUCGUCGAUUGCGAGUUAGUAGAGUUAGUCUUUUAAUUUGUAAGAAAAAUUUAUAUAUAAUUAUGUAUU